AUGGUGGUGCUGAUCGGUUGGAAAUCGAGUGGGACGAUACUGCUGGCAUUGGUUGGAAUCGUCGCAGGACAGUACGGUUCGUGUGAUUAUACGUACACAUACACCAGCGGUCAAACGAGCUUAAUACAAUCGCCCAGCUUUCCCAACUACUAUACACCGGGCACAAAGUGUCGGUACACCGUGAACGCACCGGUUGGCCACUAUCUGUACGUGCAAUGCUACGAUAUGUAUCUGCCGUCGACUAUUGGUUGCGUGUACGACAAACUCUCCAUUUCAUUGAGCGGUGAUCCAAAUCUGGGCGAUGCCGACAAUCGCUGUGGAAUGACCACCUUCAACGUGCAGAGUACGUACAACUCGCUGGUGGUGGCGUUGCUGGGCAGUACGGCUACCACCGGUGGACGGUUCCGUUGUCAGAUAACGGCAGUGAAGAUCCCGUGUGACUGUGGACGCCGCAAAACGCCCACCAUCGUGAAUGGUUUCAAAACGCAGGCAAAUGAGUUCCCGAUGAUGUCGGCAUUGGUGGAUGUAAAUACGAAGCAGAUAUUCUGUGGAUCUACGAUUGUUACCGAUCGCCACGUGCUUACGGCUGCUCACUGUCUGCUGACCAAAUCGGUCGCCAAUACAACUGUUCUUGUGGGCGAUCAGAAUAUUAAAACAGGCACAGACACCCGAUUUUCGGUGCUUAUGUUGAUAUCUACUUUCAUUCCGCAUCCCAGCUAUAAUCCCACUGCCAAAACGAACGAUAUUGCACUGGUGCGAACUACCUACACGAUUGUCUUCAAUGCUGGCGUAGGCCGAGUGUGCUUACCGUUCCGCUUCACUAACAGCACCUUCGAUAACGUACGCGUUAGUGCGCUCGGGUGGGGUGCGAUAGAUUUCGGUUCACCACAGUCGGAUGAGCUGCUCCAGACAACGUUGUCCGUGGUGACAUCUAGCAGCUGUUCGACCAAACUUUCGCGUACGAUCCUGGCCAGUCAGAUGUGCACGUUUGCGGCUGGUAACGAUACGUGUCAGAACGAUUCGGGCGGUCCGUUGUAUUAUACGGCGCCGGAAUCUCAGCUGGUGUAUGAAGUGGGUGUGGUUGGAUUUGGAGUGGCCUGUGCCUCCAAUUUUCCAAGUGUGAACACAAGAGUUACUUCGUACCUGGAUUGGAUUGCUAGCACCACUGGGUACACUUUCUGUGAGACUUAG